AAGGCUGAGUACGAGCGUUUCUUGAAAAGUGAACCUGUUGAGAGAAUUCGUCGGAACUUCGUCGAGCUAUUCGGAAUUCCAGACGAAAUUGUGACGCCUGAAGAUGUGAUCCUUGCCCACAACGUGUGUGGAUUCGAAACUGCCUGGAACUUCACGGGGAACGCGUCCGUGUGGUGUGCGCCCUUCAGUUCGCAAGCAGACUUGAAUGCGAUGGAGUACCUCGAAGACUUGGACCGCUGGCACGUUCAUGCGCAUGGCAACAAGAUAAACUCAAUGCUGGCGUGCGAAACUGCGAAGAACAUCGUGGACAGUUUCCGUGCUUCGGCGCUCGAUCGCACCUUCAAGGCAAAAUUUCAUUUCACGCACUGCGGCGCCUUGCAAAAGUUGAUCGCGCGAUUACGACUGUUUGAAGACGAUCACGUGCUCAAGGCGGGCGAUUAUCCCGGCGAGAUAGCCGAGAACCGGAUUUGGCGCGGUUCGAAAACGACGCCAUUUGGUGCAAAUAUAGCAUUGGUUUUGUACAACUGCGCGGGCAGUUUGAAAGUUGGCGUGUAUGCCAACGAACAGCUGAUGCGGGUGCCAUUUUGUUCGUCAGGGUUGUGCGAUCUCGAAGAGUUCUCGAUGCAUUUUGCGAAGGGCUACUGUCAUAUCCAGUCGUUGUGUGGAAGCAAUUCAGCACUGGCGUACGCUGUGGCU